AUGUUGCGAGGAUUGUUCACGGUGAUACAAUCGAACAGGUUGGUAGCCUUGACGUUUGAUCGUUCACUUGCGAAGACGUUGCGUGAGACAUCUGAAAGUCGUCCGUUGUUGAGAAACGAAACGAGGAACGCUGAUGAAAAAGAGACUAUUCUAAUGACUGAACUGUCUAUUCUGGCCGUAAUUCCGAAAUCCUCUCCUUUGGAGAGUUGCUUCCUCUUCUGA